CUCUCUCUCUCUCUCUCUCUCUCUCUCUCUCUCUCUCUCAAAGUUUUUGUCAAUCUCUGAGAGUCCCAUUGACUCUCAAAACUAUCUUCGUGAGAGCAUAACGCUAUGGCAUUGAAGUCAUCAGAAAGGCCAAAGCCCAAGCACAGGAAGGGCUUGUGGUCACCUGAAGAAGACCAGAGGCUCAGGAACUAUAUCCUGAACCAUGGCCAUGGUUACUGGAGCUCUGUCCCCAUUAACACCGGCUUGCAGAGGAAUGGCAAGAGCUGCAGAUUAAGGUGGAUCAAUUACUUGAGGCCUGGCCUAAAGAGAGGCAUGUUCACCCUGGAAGAAGAGGAGAUUAUUUUGUCCCUUCAUCGCUUGAUAGGCAAUAAGUGGUCUCAAAUAGCAAAGCAUUUGCCAGGAAGGACCGAUAAUGAGAUAAAGAAUCACUGGCAUUCUUAUCUUAAGAAGAAGGUGGCAAAUAAGACUGAAUCAUCGUCAUCAUCAGAAGCCCGCCAUAAUGCCCAGAGUCAAUGUACCAAUUCGGACAAUGUGGAAUCUUCGCCUUCACCAGAUCAAAUCCCCACUAACCAAAACGCAUCAGUUCAUGCACCGUCACAGGAACAAAAGGAAAAGAUGUCAUUGGACUUUCCGAAUGGGGACUCUCUUGUGCAUGAUUGGUGCACAAGCGAUUUUGGGAAUUCUAAUGGCGGUGAGUAUGUUGGGAAUGAGCUAAGUAAGGGGUCCGCUAGUGCCAGCGUGAGCGACAUGUACAGUUCGCGGUUGAAGUCGGAGAUGGAUCAGGUUUCGGGAGGUGGGUUUUACUUGGAUUAUUUCUCUGGGGAUGAUAUCUGUAGUCAGUUCGACAUGGGCAGUGAUGUAAAUAUGAUGUACAUAUGA